CGAGAUAUCGUCAUCGUGCUGCGAAAAAAAAACAAAAUAAAUAAAUAAAACAAUGGGCCCCGAUCCUGGUCCUUCUGAUCCUGGACAUGAGAUAUUUCCAACGCCAGCGGUGGACCAUCCACGUGUUGGUGUCGAGAGCGAGGAUAGCGACGAAUCAGACGCCUACGAUGGCUACCAGCGGCUUGCCAUGGACGAUGUGAACGACAAUGAACCGAGAACAGAGCCACAGCCACCACAGGUGGAGGAGGAGUUAGAAGCGGUGCCUAACGCACUACCCGUAGAUGAUGAGGACAUCGAUCUGGCAACAGCGGAAGUUACACAUGGUGAUCCCAAUAUGCCGCCCAUUGAGUGUGCCGACAUUGAAAUCGAACGACAAGUGUGGAAUGAGCCGCGGCCCCAAGCGCUACAAAUGGAGCUGGAUAAGACGCGAACUGAACAGAUACUGAAGGCAAUGUCCACAAUUACGUUGCCCAACAUAACGGUGCCGGAGUGGGCCAAAGGUGUGCCCGAGGAACGCUGGAAGUUGGAACUGCUGGAGCGCAUAAACAACCGCCAGCAGCCAACAGCUGCAGCAGCAACGGUAGCCACAGAAGAGGCGCCACAGCAUUCCAAAGAUUGUGUAUAAUAUUGUGUAUUUAGAAAAAAACGUUCUCCAAUAUAUAAUUUAGACUUAA